AUGAAAGUGGUAGUAGACAGAGGUGGUGACAGUGGAUUGGAUGGGUUAGGAGGACCAGGAGUUCAGCUUGGAAGCCCUGAUAAGAAAAAGCGCAAGGCAAAUACACAGGGGUCAUCAUUUCCUCCUCCAUCUGAAUAUGCUCCACCACCGAACCCAAGCUCUGACCAUCUUGUAGCUGCAAAUCCAUUUGAUGACAACUAUAAUACUGUGUCUUAUAAACCACUUCCUUCAGGAAAUCCAUAUUUUAGUAAUCCUGGUUAUCCUGGCUUUGGAGGCUAUAACACUUUCAGAAUGCCACCUCACAUGCUGCCCAGAGUGUCCUCACCAUAUGGUGGUUCUUACUCCCUCAGAAACCAACCACAUCCUCUUCCUCAAAACCCUGUUGGCAUGGGUUUUAGUCGACCCCACUCUUUCAGCUUUGGUCCGCACGAUAACCCAGGUUUUGGGAAUCAGCCACCUUACAGCAGUGGUCAGAUAAACCAGAAUGUCAAUAUGCCUGCUCAGCACUUCAGGCCAAAUCCUGGGGAGAACUUUGGCCAUUCUGGUCAGAUACCUCACCCUGAUGUGCCAGCUAACUUUGGUCCUGGAAACAAUCCAAAUUUUCCAAAUUCUCAGCUAGAGUCAAACCAUUCUUUUGUUCCUCCACCAAACACGUACAACCAGACAAAAUCAUCAGCACAAAAGCAAGACUUCAGUCAAGGUGCAAGCAAAGCAUCCAGCCAGAACACUGCUGCUCAUCAGCAUCAUCACAGGACAGAGGAUGUUGUGAGUCAAGGUAACAGUGACCUGAAAAAUGUCACUCGAAACAAUGUGGUGAAUCAGGAUAACAGCCAUUCUAAUAGUGCUGAUAACACCAGUGCUGGCCACUCAAACGGGACUCAGAGCAAGUCCCGCCAGCCUCGAGGUACUGCAGAAGGAUGCAACUCCGAAAAGAGCAGCAAAACACCCCUCCACCCCAGUCGUCACGGACACUCGUCCUCUGAGCCCGUGUACCCGUGUGGCAUUUGUACACAUGAAGUCAAUGAUGACCAGGAUGCCAUCCUGUGUGAAGCCUCUUGCCAGAAAUGGUUCCACCGGAUCUGUACAGGCAUGACCGAGUCGGCCUACGGGCUCCUGACGGCAGAGGCGUCGGCGGUGUGGGGCUGUGACACUUGCAUGGCUGACAAGGAUGUGCAGCUGAUGCGCACAAGGGAGACUGCAGGGCCACCUGCACUGAACACAGAAGGCUGACAGCCUCAAGGGCUGCUCCUGCAGCAAACUUGCUGUGAAAAUUCGGUUCCAAAUUGGGUACUUCACUUUCUGCAGACAAUCAAUUGUGUUUGAUUGGUGUCAUCUUUUUUUCCCUAAUCUGUUUUCAUUCAUAAACUUCCAUCUCAGCUUUUGUACUCAUAGUUUUAUGUGUGCAAAUGGUUUACAGGAUGGAAUAUUUUUUGUUUCUGAUUAAACUGUAGCUGACAAUUGAUCGGAAGUAAGAUGAGCAUUGACAAUAUUACUGAAGGAAAAUAUGUGCCUGUAUGAAUAGCCCUAAUUUGCUAGUGUGUAUUAAUGUGUUAACUAACACUAGCAUUUAGUGCUUGGUUUUAAUGGUACUAUAUUUGUAAGUACUUAUUACUUUGUUUUUUUCUUUUGGCAUGAAUGUCUGUUAUUGAUGUUCUUGCUAGCCUUUCUUUGAAUAUAGUAGAGAUGACAUGGAGGAAUGUGCAGUACUAAUAGUUGUUAUUUUAGGGUAAAUACAGAGAAUUUUGUUUGUGCUUUUUCCUAUUUUUGAAGUAAAGCAUUAAUGUGCUAUUCAAAAUCAUGAAUUCAUGCUUAGUAACACAAUGAAACCCACUAACUAUUUCACAUUGCUGUUUCCUUGAAAAGGCAAUAAUCUCUUGGCUUCUCAGCAAUUACUUGCUGAAGGCUCUUGCUAGGUCUUGCAUUAUUUGGAAAUUGUUGUGAAAUAGGAUUAAAUUGGAAAGAGAACACAUUGAGUUUAUGAAGUCCACUGCUUUAAAUCUAGAGAAUGCCAAAACUAGGGUUGCACAUGUAACCUUAAUUCAUUUACCUUGAGGACGUACCUUGGGAUACAGUCUUUGCAUCUUGUCAUGGUUGUGCAGUCAUGCUCUUCUCUCUCAUUCUUUCUCACCGAUGGUUCCAGUCCCCUGCCUCAGUGCUGCCUGAGAAUUGUGGAUGAAGUAGUGCACGGAAAAUCCUGCCCAGCUUCCAGGGCUGUCAGCUCCAGCCUGCUCAGUCACCCUGAGCUUACACAGUCCCCUUGGCAUGAAGGAGGGGGUAAGGCAAUGGAGUGUGCUCUGCACAGGCUCCGAAUUGCAUGACAGUUUGGCUAGCAAAGUCUUAAAACUAAAUUCCCACCAGUGCCUCAGGCAGUUUUGCAGUGAGAGGGUGGGAAAUCUAAGGUGAAGAAAGAAAAUACAGCUGUCAUAUCAGGUGAGUUUAGCUCACAUCAGAACUAAGUAGUCAGAAGUUUAUUGCCUUUGCUAAACCUGAUAUCCUACUGAGAAGUAUGAAUGGCACUAGAGCUUCAUGUGUAAUGCUAAGAAAUUAAAUUUUAAUAAGGGUAAUUUGAUUUUAUUCUUGAUCUCAAAAAUAACCCCUUCUUUUUUGAAUGUUGGGAAUUAUCUAGCCUUGAACAGUUCAGCCUUAGCAGUUUGAUGAAGUUGCACGUGCAACUGAAAAAGUUCCUUUUGAGAGAGUACAGUUUCGAAUUAAGAAAAGGAGGCACUGUGCUAACGGAUUCUGCUUGGAAUAUGUACCACUGUGCUGGAAACAGUCUUUAAAUAGCAAUUAAAUCAUAUGUCAAGCUUACAGGUACUAGUCAUGUUCCUUAAUGUGAUAAAUUUUUCAGGUCUGUGAUGAUGAGGGAUAUAGGAGUUUAUAGAGAAUAUAGUCAUCUAAUAAAGAGGUAGUUUUUAUGGUAAGCUGUGCUAAUGAGUGAAAGUAAGGCCUGUUUGAUAGUUCACCAUCGUGUUUGAUUUUAAAUGGGCUCUACUCUGUACAUUCCUAGAAGAUACUGUGCAGAUCUACACAAUUUGUUUUAUUUUAAAAGUGAAAGUUUUGCUAUGUAAGUGCAGUUUUGGUUUUUUUUUUUUGCUUGCCUCUCAUCAGGAAAAAGAAAAUAAUGUCUGAAGUGUAAGUGACGUAUUUCAUAUCUUCAGAAUUUUCCUGGAUGGAGAUGUAAAGUGUAAGAUAGAUCCAGAGCUUCUGUGUUCAUCACUAGUUGCUUUAAUUUAGUACAUUAACUAGACUUGUUUUGUUAUAGGUAUGAUUUUAAAACCACCAACAAAAAAUCAAACAAGCAACAACCUCUGUUAGAGAGGUUUAUUCUUCAGUAGUUUUCCUACUGACUGACAGGCUUUGAAUUUUCUUUUGGUACCUGAAGUAGCAAUUAAACUGAACCUUGUUUAGGUAGAUUUGUUCCUCUGGGAAUCAGUUUAAUCUCUGCAAGAACUAGCACUGUGAACAUAGUGGAGCUGGUUCACACAUAUAGUAAUGUAAAUGAAAUAAAAAUUUUGCUCAGUGAAAAUUCAACCAAAGUCCCAAUGAUGAUAUUGUUACCUUUCCCACUCCCACACCCCAUGCCUCUUGUGAGAAGAUUUUGGGGCAUUUAUUCUCAGAAGUCCAAUUCGUGUUUUAACAUUUUGGAGCAGACAUUGUAUUUAAAAUAGCCAUGUAUUUCUUAAUCUGUUCCUCGACUCAACAUGAAGUUAGGCAACUAUUUUCUAGAUUAGCUGUUGGGACAUUGUUAUUUAAAUAUAGUUCUUAAAUAUUUAAAAUCAACU